CUUGUUGACGUAAAUUCGAAGUUAGUGAAGCCGCAUACAGCAUGAAACAACGGUGCUGUGUUAUUAACGCUCCUGGAAAUGAAUCCUGGGUGUUUUAAAUUAAAUUGCGAUAAAAGCCUGGCGUAUAAACAUGGCUAUAACUGGAAUUUCUAAAGAAAAGGGGGAUCCUAUCGCACUUGACAUUUUUUGUUCCUUCGAGGUCUAUAUGAUAUGCUAAUUAAUAACUGUCUUUAUACGUUUAUGUAAAUUAUCAAAUGGUUUUUAGCGACAUCGUUCCCCCUAUCCUGAAAAGAACUGUGGAAGCUUCUGCGUCAUGUUGCCAUGGAGGCCGUCACGUGGUGUACGUUGUCAUGGGGACAUAAUGAUGUGUUACUGUCUGUGGGAUGAAUUGACAGACGAGCAACACCGCUAAUUGACACAAUUAAACAAGCCGAAUGCUAACUGGCACCUCGGCCAAGAUCGCACGGAAUGGCCGAUAUAAUAAAAAAUACCGAUGAAGUGGGCAACAUUUUAGUCAAGGUGAAGGAGGACCUGUGUCAGCUGAAGCAGACCCUCACUCGGGUCACCAUCCAGGGAGCAGGAGAAACCGUGGACAUCCAGGCCCUCCACACGGCCAUCCGCCGGACAGAGAAUGGACUGAGGAAGCGAGCUGAGGAAUAUCUGAAUGCGGUUAACAGGCAGGUGCUGACUCUCCCUGCUAUUGAAGAGGGUGAAAAGCCAAACACACAGGCUGCAAAAUGGAAGCCUCAGCUGAAAACUGUGCCUGACCUGCGACUGCAGAGGAGCCCCGAUUUUGGAAUGGCUGGGAGACCCUCACCUGGGGAACAGCAUAAGUCGGGGUUGCGCAUGAAGGUGAUGUGUAACCCCGCUCACCCUGCGCACAGAGCUCUUCUGCAUGAGCAAUAUGGCAUCCGACUGCCAGGAGCGAGCCCAAGAAAAGGGGGUUCGGCCCAGCUGCAGAAGGUUGUCCAUGGUCCCACAGUGGGCAGUCUUGCGGUGGUGCCUGCCGCCCAGCGGAACAAUCCCUACCUGGCUCCUCCACUGUCCCAGAACGAUAUGAAGACAGGUAUCUCUAGCCUGCUGGAGAGGGGCUUGAUUCCUGCAGCAGCACAGCUUAUCCUGGAGCAGCCUCCUGUCCGACCCGAGGUAGCUCCUCUACACGCCAGAGACAAGGCGCCCUCUGCUGGAGGGACAGGUCAGGGCCACAGAGGUGGAGAGACAACUGGCAGAGGUCCUGUGUCUGGCAGAGCUGUGGGAGAGAGGAUGGAUCUGUCCUUGUCCUUGCGUGAGGAACUGGAACCUGGAUACAGCAGCUGUGACCCCAGCUGGCAAGCUCCCAUCCAGGGCCCUGUCACCCCCCCACCCUCUGUUACCUCAAAGAGAUCGGCCACCAAGCACCGACCCCCCCCAGCACUCACCUCCAGCAGGCUGUGUCCAAUCAUGCCAGAGCCUCUACUGGUGAUGGAGCCUCUCGGCUCGAGCAAGAAUCUCUCCUUCACCAUUCUCAACGGGCAGGUGGAGGAAACCGCCCCAGAGUUCUCCAGAUUCAAGCGGCACUACUGUCUUUCCUGGGGGAGCCUGGCAGGAGCGCUGAGGAGGCUCACGCAGGUACUGCGGGAGUAUGCCGUGCCCGUGGCUGUGGUGAGCGGGCCAAGGAUGGCGGAGCUGGCUCAGGGCGGAGAGCUUGAUGGAGGAGGGCUCAGCUCGGGCGACCUCAUCUCCACUCUGCUGAACCAGGAGGAGGUGUGGGAGAUAGUGCGACGCCCUGGCCAGCGCUACAGGGGGGAGGGCGGGACAGAGGCGGCUGCCGUAGCAAUUCAAACCUCUUGGAGAUGCUACCGUGUCCGAUCCGCCUACCUGCGCUACCGGCGGCAAAAGUGGGCGGCCGGUGUCAUCGCAAUCUCCUGGCUACUGCAUGCUCAGAUGGCACGCACAAGAAAGGCCCUGCAGGCAUCUCGGCAGAGACACCUGGAGAAUUUCCGCAGCAGGGCUGAGCAUCUGGCAGCCAACUGGAAACACAUCAGGUCUUCCAGGAGGAGUAUUAUCCACAUCCCGUCAUUAGGGCGCUCUCAGCCUCUGCGCUUCAGCCUGAAGGACCUGGACAUGCAGCAGGGCACACAGCUGGGCCGGCUGUGUGAUGUGCGAGAUGAGAAUGUGGAGGUGAUCUACGUGUCUCCUGUAGCGCUGGGAGAGGAGAUGCAGCAGUAUUACUCCCGGCUGCUGGGGCUGCAGGGGGCUGUGACCAAGGCCGAGCCGGGGGACACCCCCACUCCCUCCGUUCAGCGCUUCACCAUCCUCACCCCAGACGCCCUCGGCUACUUCCCAACCCAUAGCAUGUGCCUUUCCACACUGCUGAAGUACAGCCCGCGGACGCUGAGGCGCAUUAAGAACCUGAUCCGAGGAAAGCCCGCCUAUAUCGUCGGGGGGGCCCUGCACGCAGAUGACCUGGACGUAGCGGACACUCUGGGGGUGCCGAUUCUGGGCCCCGAGCCCGCGCUGGCCGAGCUGUAUAGCACCAAGUCCGGCAGCAGGAGAGUGUUUUCCAGCGCCGGAGUUGCCCUUCCGCCAGGUCACGGCGACAUCUACACCCUGCAGCAGUUGUACGAUGCUCUGAGUCAACUGAUUACUGACCACCUGGAGGUCGAGCGCUGGCUAUUGAAGGUGGACAGUGAGUUUGGCGGCAGGGGUACAGCUUUCUGUGAUGUCUCCCACAUGAGCUGCUAUGCCUGGGCACUGAAGGAGUUCAGACGGUACGGGCCAGAUCGCUGGAGCCACGCCUGGGCCCAGGAGCAGGUCCUGCUGAAGGUCCAGGAGGAGCUGCCCAGCCUACUGGCUCGCCACGCCCAGCCCGUCAACACUUCGCACUACCCCACGUGGGACAACUUCCUGCAGCACUUCCUCCGAGAGGGUGGGGUAGUGGAAGCCUACCCUCCAUCUGACAGCGUGACCUGCCUGACAGUGGACAUGCUGAUCGAGCCCAAUGGGGAGGUGUCUAUGCUGUCCUGUGGGGACCAAAUCCAUGGUUCCAGUGUGUUGAAGGCUAUGGGUUCCUCCGUCCCACAGGCAUCUGUCUGUCCUGACACCCUGCAUGCCAUCUGCACCCACAUCGCCCGAGCCUGCCAUCAGCGUGGGGUCAUUGGCCACUUCUCUGUUGACCUGGCCACCUUCCUGCAUCCCCGCACCCUUGAACAGCAGACAUGCUGACUUAUUGCUUCAAUUGGAACACCAAGGUCCUGAUGGGUUCUUCCCCCAACCCCUGAGGUACUGUUUCUGGUAAAGCACAGUAUGAAAAGAUCCUGUGCACACAGAAGACAGAUGGACAUGUUGGUUGAGGGGCUGUCCUGAGAGAUGUGUAUGUGGAGUAGUUGAGCUGCGUGUAUUGUAGCUGAGGUUCAUCCACUCCUGGCUGGAGCUGAGUGUGUCCGUCACCCGUCCUUGUGGAGUGAGGUGUCCUGAGGCAGAGAGCGAGCCACCACACAGACAGACCGACAGACAGAUAGGAACUGGAGCCUUUAUUUAAGCAGUAUGGAGGACUGUUAAUCUGAUCCCCUGUGAAGAAGCAGCAUUAGAGCCUGUAAUACUGCAGCAAAAGCCGCUUAGGACAAAGUGUUUUCCACUGUCCAGUCAGCCCUAUAAAGCCCCUCUCCUCCUGGCUCUUUCCAAUAGGUAUUGCAUCCAGCAGGCAACACUGGGGCUCUACCGCAGUCCCCCAGCCAAUUAACCAAUGUUCAUUUGGUAUAGUGUCCUGUAUAGCUGAGUACCAUCUCACUGCUGUCAUACUUUACAGGUUACAGCAGGACACAGAACGUGUGUGGUGCUAUACAUGCGUCAAGUACAAUAAAUAAUCAAGUUUCAGAUACAUGCAAUCAAAAUGAUUAAAAACAUAUACAGAUUGCAUCAGGCCUAACAAGCCAUUGAUAAAUGACUCAAUACAUUUUAAAUCUAAAGCAUUCAUCACCGGGUUUCCAGCAUUCAUAGGAAGUUUUCAAGAUGGCUUACAAGAAAAGAAAAUUCUAAUUAAAGCUUUGCUCUUUAGAUUUUUUUAAUUGUCAUCUUCCACUUAAGCUAGACAGUAAAGGUGUACAAAUAUGCUGUGCCCUAUUCUGAAGCCUGAAGUCAUAUUUAGUGUGCUCCAAGCAAUUUUAAAUGACAUUUAUUUUAGUCAGGAAAUAGAUUUAUAAUCCCUUCCAUUCAAAAACAGGCAUUUAAACAAAAUAAAAUACAAGAUGUGUAGUCCGAUAUGUCAUUGGACCCCUUAACGAUGAGCGUAACUUAUUUUUAAAAGCAGAUUGUGCUUUUGAAAUGAUACAACAUAAGCAUUAAAAAAAACAAAACCUAAACAAGCACAAAGUGGUCCUGAGCCAUUAACAGAAGGAUCUGGAUUACAAACCGCAUCUCCCCAUAACUGGAGCAGACAAGAGCGAUGCAUGUAUACAAACGUGUCUGGGUUUGAACAGCCAUUUACAUUCAAACCUGUUGCUAAAAGCCGUCAUUUUUUUUAAAAGAGAAAAGUGGGUCGCAUGUGUUUGCCCUUGUAUUCCUGCAGCACAUUGUGAAGUAAUGGAGCCUCAGCUGCUGGAUUGUGGCUUUUAAUGAAAAAGUGGACUAUAGAAACAGGUACAAUCCAGGCUCGUAUUUCAGCUGGCUUUGUUAUGUCUGACAAUGAGGCAGGGCUGUUUGAUUCUUACAGACUUGGUAAAUGGCUCUCUGGAGCCUGCCCAUCACCCAGCCUCGGGUAUUAACUAGAACGGAGCGACCACGGGAUCAAUAUGGUAAUAAAUCAGGGCAGCUCAGGGCUUUAUUUCUGUUGAUUCCCAGGUUAAAAUUAAAUUUAGACACAGUUGGCUUCUGUGCUGGGUUAUGCAAUCAGUUUGGUACGUUGUAGUUUGUUGUUUAUGUACCGUUUUUCACAUCACUGGUCAGUAAUUCAGAGGUUCGUUUUUUUUUUCAUUCAAUACAACCAAAGGUUGCUUUCAGUACAGCAGCGGGGAAUUGAUACAUUGCCUUCACAGAUGGAUCCCUUUAUGGGUUUACAAACAAAAUCAGCAACAGCCAUCAGUGGGGAACAGUUUUUCCACUGGCACUGUGCAUUACUUCAGGAAAGGAAAGUUUGUGUCAUGUGAGCUACAGUAGAUAACCAUCAGCCUUAAAGCAUGAGUUCCCACAGUGACAAAUCAUCUGUUACAAACCGCAGACUUUCUCUAUGCCAGACACAAUUCAGAUACAGUUCAGGUAUGUUAAGCAUUAAUAUAUUUUGUUGAGCAUAUGAGAAUUAGCCUAAAUUUGCCUUAAAUUAGCCUAAAGUUAUUGAGCUGUUAAAAUUGCGGGGAUACCAUAAUAUCAUCUCAGUAGAACACCUCUUCUUUUAUUCAUUGUGAUUCUGGGGAGAAAAAUAAUAACCUUGCAAAUGCAAAUAUAAGUAGGUGCUUCAAGAUGAAAAGUGUGUUGAUUGGACAAUAUAAUAUAUAUGGACAAUCCGGCGUGGUGUAUACCUAAUCGGUACUAAACCACUACAGCCUUUUCUUACAAUCCUGCCCCUUUUAAACCCGCUAAGUUUUAAUUAUGCCAUCGAUGGGCACACCCCAGUCCCGUAACUCAGGUGAGCCAGGCAGCACUGGCCCGUGCACAGCUCUGACGGAUUCUGAAUUUGAGCUGUAAUAAAACGCAGUUAAACCAGCAGAGAACAGGGGUCAGCCAGCAGACUCCAUCAGUAGCCAUUUGCAUUUGAUGGCUGCAGCGUUUAGGUUGACAAAUAGGAUCUAUGACUAGACGAGGGCCACCUGGCAGUUAGUUAUUAAGAACUCCUUCAAUUGUGAUUUAUUUCCAUGCUCCUAAAGAGGGGGCAUUGCUAUUAAAAUAUUAUUCAGAAAUUAGCCCUGUUUUAGCAUAAGGCCUUGACUGUGUGACCCCUUAAUAUCCUUAUAAUGAUGCCAUUUACCAUGCGGAUCUUGAGUCGCUCUCUUGCGAGUGUGUUGGAGAAAGCCAGUCUCCUUGCAGAAUUCCUCCUGCUCCACACACUAACUCAGGUGAAGUGAUGGAGUUGGGGUACAGGGACCACAGAGUCACAACGCCCUCCCCCACCUCACUGCUUUCAGAUAUUUAUGACUUCAUGGCUGUAUUUUAUUAUCUAUGGGGAGAAAUUCCUUAAAAUUCUGGCCUGCCAGCAGAUUUGUGGGUCUUCUGUAAAGUUGUUUAUUGAGGUGUUUAUUUCAACCUUUGUUGUUCCUGUUGCCUGUUUGUUGCUUCAUUAUUACCUGGUAUCAGAAUUUACGUGUUAAUCUGUCAAGUGUUGCACACAUAAUAUAGUUAAGAUGAAUAGAA